AAAAUUGACUAUAAUACCUGCCCUUUGCUCAGUCUUCGUGAAUUCAUUCGCUCAAGAACUUUCCCAAUAGAUAUAUUCUUUCCCUCGCUGCUCUUCCUGAAUCUUGUUCUCAAUUGUUAUCAUAGGCUGUGGUACUACUCCGGCCUUACUUUCUUCAUGCUUCCUGUCCUUCCUCAUCCGUUGGCGGCUGGAUCACUCUAUCCGUUCUCUUUGCCAGCAAGUCUCGGUUCUUGUGCAAGCUCUAUCAACUCUAAAUUUGAUACCCGGUCUCGCCAUAGCAGCACCAUGGCUCAGCAUCCUAUGUAUGGAACCCCAGCAACCUCCCCGCUGGUCUAUCAACAAAGGUCAUCAUCUACUCCCCACGGGUAUGGCUACAGAGACGACCGUCAAGUGCCCUUCGGUCCGAUGGAUUCUAACCAUCAGGCUCAUUACCAUGGAGCUCCAGUCCCUCUGGAUGGCCACAGCCACAUGAUGAGCCCACCCACGGGACGUUUAUCCUACCCUCCAGCUGGACAGGCCCACCCACAACCCAGGACUCAUGAAUGGAGCCACCCGAACCACAUGCCUCGAGAAUCCCUGAGGCGGGACCUUGGAACAAUGAACCCCCCGGAAAGCCCGGAGUAUAUCAUGGAAAGAAGCACCCAGCGAACUUCCGAGAGAACCAGAGGAAGCCCACACUAUCAUUCCCAGAGACGGACAUCCAACCGGGAUGAAUUUGAUGGCCCACAUCAGUUCCUGGAGCCGCCUUCUCCACAGGCCGUCGCAGCCCAGGAUAAAGAGCUUCCCCAGCUCCCUACUAACCUCGAUGCCGGCGAGCAAGAUAGCAUCCUACACAAGGUCAACGACCGCCUGUCCCAGUGUGCCUAUGACUUCAUCGCAAAGUACCAGUUCCGUGUUCCUAUCGAGCAGGACAAGAGACCCAUCAAGGUCCCCUCGGACCGCGAGUGGACGGAGUGGGUACACCUCUUGAAGCGACUGGCUACUACACGCCGCAUCCCAGCUCAUCUCUUGUACAACCGCCAAAUUAAGCAGCUCAUCACUGUCCUAGAGAACUCCCUGGAGAUGCGCCAUGCUGCCAAGCACCAGUCUAGGCCAGUCAAGGAUGACCGCAACGUCCUGCAGCUUAUUUCUGCCGGUACUCAGGUCGCGAAGAUCCUGAGGGAUUCUAGCGCCAUGCAGUUUCUCGAUUGUCUUUAUGGUGACACCGAGAAAUUGAUUCUGGAGCGACGUGGCCGUCGUGUAAGAUUCGCAAACCCUUGAAUCCACUGGAUGGAAAAUGGCCGUCUUUAAAAUCCCCGCUUGGAUGCCACUGUUCUGUUUCUGUUGUCUUCCCGUGGAAGCCCUUUGGAUUGUCCUGUUUUUCUCUACUUUCCUCUGCUUUUUUUUACAAGUCCUUUCGGAAUACCCCACUGUCAACUUUGACCCCCCUUGGAGGAAAGACAUCCUGGAGCCUCGGUGGUUUCCAACUAGGACAAAAGCCCAGGCAGCUACCCAGCCCAAAUGAAGGGGGGUCCAAACCAAACCCUUCAGGCUGGCAGGAAAAUAAUCGCCCAGCUCUCGCCGCAUGUCACAAUGUUUACAUCUGCCCCAGAUCUAUGUCUCAGCCAGCGGUACAAAAGGAAUCAGUAAUAGGGCGGUGGUUUUGUUGGUUUUCUCGGUUUGAUUUCUAUUUUUCUUCUGGCGUUCGGGUUGGUUGUCUUGAUAUGUUUACCAUGCUUCAUACGUUUUCCCUUGUGCCACACGACCAUGUCAUGAUUUCGGUUUUUUUUUUGUAUGCAGUACGAGAUUAUGUCUGUGAUUUAUGUUAUGUCUCUAAUUUGACUCGCUUGGGUGGUCUACUUCUGUUUUUUCCACUGCUGAUAUUCCAUGCAUUCCAGGUUUGGGG